AUGGCGAAAUGGGCGGUCGAGCUCAGCGAGUACGACAUCGAAUACCGUUCUCGCCCAAGUCUGAAGUCACAAGUUCUGGCUGACUUCAUCACCGAACUGUCGCCCGAGCUUGACGAUCCCACUCCCGCGGUGGAGCAAUGGACAAUGUUCGUCGACGGUUCGUCAACAAAUCAAGGAUCCAGGGUCGGACUCAUACUCCGAUCCCCCACCGGAGAAAUCCUCGAGCAGGCGUUAAAGCUCAAUUUCAAAGCAUCGAACAACGAAACCGAGUACGAGGCCGUUCUCGUAGGACUCCGGCUAGCCCAGGGACUUGGAGUCAAACACCUGCAGGUCUUCUGUGACUCCCAACUCGUAGUCAGUCAAUUCAGCGGCGAAUUCGACACCAAAAACAAGCGAAUGGGAGCAUAUCGACAGUUGGUCCGCACGCUAUCCGGCGAAUUUACGUCUUUUUCUCUGACGAAGGUUCCACGGAACGAAAACGCAUCAGCCGACGCCCUCGCAGCUCUGGCGAACCGCUCCGACCCCGAGUUACGGUGUACCAUUCCCAUUGAAUGCAUCGAGGCUCCCAGCAUUGAUCCGGACAGCCAGAUCGCCCUCAUCAACGACGACCCAAUCCCGAUGGAAGUCGACGAGCCGAUAGAAGAUAUGGCGGACAUCGUCAAGCCUCCCGAAGAUUGGCAAACCGAGAUCAAACUUUACAUCUCCGAUGGCACCGUCCCGGCAGACCGAUGGGCAGCUCGACGACUUAAGGCUCGAAGUGCCAGGUACAUCCUGUUGGACGGGGAACUAUUUCGCCGGAGUGCUUCGGGAGUGUUCCUUACCUGUGUUACUCGGGACGAGGCCGAACGUAUCAUGAUGGAAGUGCAUGAAGGCGAGGGUGGCAACCAUUCUGGCGGACGCGCACUUGCUCUCAAAAUCAAAAAGGACGGACACUAUUGGCCUACCAUGAUGGCCGAUUGUGAAACUUUCGCGGCCAAAUGCGAAGCUUGUCAGCGCCAUGGACCCAUGCGACACGUCCCGCCCGAACUAUUAAACACCGUCACUGCUCCGUAUCCAUUUAUGUGCUGGGCCAUGGAUGCCAUAGGACCUUUGCCGGCAUCCAAAUCCAAGAAGUAUGUCCUAGUGCUGACCGUUUACUUCACCAAGUGGGUGGAGGCAGAAUCUUUCACAAGGAUUCAAUCCUUAGACGUGACCAAUUUCAUAUGGAAGAACAUCAUAUGUCGCCACGGACUCCCAUACGAGAUUGUCACCGACAACGGCAAUGGUCAAGCUGAAGCCACGAAUAAGUCGAUCGUCGAUGGGCUCAAAAAACGGCUCGGUCGAAGGAAAGGAGCGUGGGCAGAUCACCUCGAUGGCGUGCGGUGGUCAUACCGCACAACUCCGCGGCGGCGCACGGGACAGUCCCCUUUCUCCCUCGCAUAUGGUCUCGAAGCACUUGCCCCGGCUGAAGCAGGAGUCCUGACACUUCGUCGCACUAUGAUGGUCGAUAAUCCCAAACUUAACAAUGAGAUGCUGAUCGACCACAACGAUCUUGCCGAAGAACUGCGUGACAAAGCUCUAGUUCGGAUGCAACACUACCAAGAUGCAGCGGCUCGAUACUACAAUAAGACUGUUCGUCAGCGGCGUUUUAACGAAGGUGAUCUGGUUCUGCGAGAAGUCUUCGAGAACACCAAGGAAGUAAACGCCGGUAAACUCGGCGCUCGAUGGGAAGGUCCAUACCUCAUAUCUAGAGCAGUUCGUCCGGGUGUUUAUGAACUCGUAACAAUGGCCAGGGAACGAAUCAAAAACUCGAGUUUUCGGGAAUNGAUCUCUGACGGACAAUCGCCAGCACUCAACUUGGGCGGUCUCACUCGUCGUCUCGACUUUUCGGACGCACAAUUCGAGCAGAGGAAUCCUCCCCCUCAAACAACGUCGAGCAUUCGACCGACGAAUCCGAAUUUACGGAUACACGAGAUCUCGGCCGCCCCGGUCACCCGCCUUGCGAACUCCGGACCUUGCUUCGAACUCGAAGAAAUCAAGUCACAGAUUAGCGGCAUGAACACGCUCCUCCAUCGAGCUAUCAGCACGGCCCCCGAGAUCGAUAGGAUUGUCGAAGUAACUCGGCAGUCACCAUUCACUCAACGGAUAGCACGGGCUGCCAUACCGAACGUCAAGCUGAAGCUUCCGAUCUACCAGGGAGACAAAGAUCCGGUCCAGUUCAUGACAUCCUUCAUGGCAACCAUGUCAAAGGCAGGAUUCACCGACGAACAGACGCCGGUUGCUGUCAGCUAUUCGUAG